AGCAGAGCUAGAAACAGGAAGGAUGCGAAUGGCUGUCUAUGGACUCGUUUGCCGUGUGCAUUGUCGCAACUGAGAAAUAUACGUCUUUUUUAAAGAACCAUCACAGAGGAGCACGGGAAAAAUGUUUACAUGUAAGAGCACAAACUGCAAGCCUUUUUAAAACCACCCGGGAGAUACACUCACCAGCUUCCCAGUGCAUGGAUCACAGGAUUUAAUACAAUUGACAUUCUUCUGUCUGAACGCUGAAGUAACAGCAAUCAAGAUUGCAUCAAACUGGGCAGAGGAGAAUCUAAAUGAACCAGAAAGCUUUUUGGACUUGUUAAAAGAAAGCACCUUGCUUAUUAAAACACAUCACCAUCACUCAAGCAGAUUAUACAACUGGGUUUGCAAGUUGUAGAGACCAAGAUGCCCAUCUUAAAGCAGUUGGUAUCAGGCUCGUCUCAGACUAAACGGCGCUCUCAUAUGGACCUCACUACUGAGAUGAUCAGCGCUCCCUUGGGGGACUUCCGGCACACCAUGCAUGUAGGACGCAGUGGGGAAGCUUUUGGGGACACCUCUUUCCUCAGCACUCGAUCUGGAGAGCCAUCGCAAGAGGGUCACACCUAUCCUCGCUCUCCAAAACCGGGACUGCUGUCUCGUACCUUCCGGAGCAGCAAGCGCUCGCAGUCCAUCACCAGAGUAGACCAGCAUGAGAAUACCCUCCUUCCUCCUAGUGGGUCACCUACCUAUGUAAAAAAUGCCAUGUCCCUGCCCUUCCUCAACAAUGAAGAGGGACAAGAUGGAGAUGGCAGGGUGCUCAAGAGCUUGACUUCCAGCCCUUCCAGUGGAGCUUCUGCUAAUGCAUUGGACCUGGAGCUCCAUGAGAAGCACUUUGGGGUGUUGACAGAACUACAACCUUCCCCAUCUUACAAUGGGGGAGGUAUGAAGAAGGCUGAAUCUGUGAUGUCAUUCCAUAUUGACCUUGGGCCCUCUAUGCUAGGGGACAUCCUAGGGGUUAUGGAGAAGGAAGACGAUGACCAAGGGUUCGAGGAAGGAAAGAGCAGUGAAGGACAUGCUUCACCCCUUCCCAGCAACCACGGAGGAGUGGAAGAGGAUGAGGAGAUGAAGGAGGAUGUAGUGAAAGAAGAGAAACAAGAGGAGUUUGUGGCUCAUGAUGAGGAACACAUGAGGGCUCCCAGUUCCGUUGACCUUGAGAUCCAGAGUGAAGGCACCAGCACUCCAGAACCACAGCAAAAACACCUGCAUCACGCUGACAGCUGCUCGGUCUCCAGCUCAGGUUCUGCUGCCAUGGAGGAGAAACCAACCUGUCAGCCUUACGAAGAAGACAUGGGUAGUACCGACAACGCCGGCCACCUGGACAAUGAACCAGCCUUCUCUUCCUUCAUAGAGGAUGAGGACGAUGAGAUCAGAGUAUGAAACCCUACAAUCAGGGAACAUUUAUGGGGAUGGAGAGACCGAAUUUGAGUCUUCUGACAUUGUAUAAAAGAGACUAUUAGAAUUCCUACUGGGUUCUAAUUGUGAAGUCUGGGUGUAGGCGUAAGCACGACAAAGCUGGACAGAUGCCUCAGACUCCUUUGUCACUGUAGAGAGAAGUUGGGCAGACUGCUUCAGCUCAGACACCAAAGCCAUCUGUCACACUACUUACCAACUGCAAGAAGCACAGCUAGAUGUGUUUACAUUCAGACAGAAGAUCAGUCCAAAAGGGACGCUUUGUGUGUUCCACUGAUAGCUCUGUUUAAAGAAAGGUGGUCAGGGAUACAUAUGUCACUGAAACUGUAAACUUUACUUGCUCAAGCAUAUGCAUUUAUAAGCCAUUCUCCCGUUCUCUACAGUCCCAUGAAAUGGUGCCUAAAGAUAUUGGUUCUUUUUGUAUUUGGAGCACUAGUGCAUUAAAGUAAAACAUAUAAUUUGCUCUGUGGCCCUGUGUAUGUUAACCCUGUGCAUGAAAGUGCUGUAUAUUGUCAAGUAAAAACCAGCACUCUGCCAUUGCCAGUGUGGAAAGGCUGUGCAUGCAGGUAAUUCUUGAUGUUACAAGCAAGCUGAACUGGCAAGGGAUGGUCGAAAAUGCUGAGUUCUGUUUUGUCAUACACAUGCUGGGGUUUGGCUUUUUUUUAAGCCCUACAAAUAAUGUAUCUCUAGUUUGCAUAUGAUUUAGUCAUACAUCCAGUAAGAUGUUGUCAUUAUAAGAGCUACUGUGAUUCUGAAAUGUUCUUGUGAUGGAGGUCAGAAACUGCAGCAGUCAGAGCUGGAAUGGAGAUGAUUUGAAAGUGCCAGAUGUUGGAGAACCUUCUUCAUCCUCCAUAGGCUGGUCAUGAUCAACUAUUGGCAAGAAUGGCAACAGGUGUCCUUUCAUCAGAUCUAAUUUUUCAGUCCGUACGUGUUUUGCAUUGUAGCUGUCUGCGCAGUAUUUUGCAUAUCUCACCACUUCCUUCCUGCUCUUCAUGGCACGCAAGGGAAGGCACCUAGCUCUGUUUCUCACUGGAGU